AUUUCGAAUUCAGUGCGACCCGCACCGCGAGACGCACCGUUCGUUCCUUCAUUUUUGAAAGGUUGUCCACGUGGUUCGCGUAUUAAAAGAAUCUAUUGAGAAAAAUUUUUUUUGAAACGAAAACACUUUUGGUUUCGUAAUAAUUUAAGGAAGAAGAGAUAGUGAUUAGUAUGAAUUCAGUCUUCAUCAGGAUUAAAAGUAGCUUUGCUAUUUAUUCUACUAUUUUAUUAACAUUGAUAACAAGAAUUAAGGCGAAUAGUUGCGCCUUAGAACAAUUUCAAAGUUGCACGGCUGCGUUGGAUAAUUUAACCGAUAAAGGUUUAACUUUUGGUGCUACUAAAGCUGAUCUCGAUAAUAUUUGUCCAAAUCUAAAAAAAGCCAUUAGAUGUAUUCAUCGUUACACUCGUUCUUGUUGGCCAUUAGACAGACAUCGUCAUUUUCAAAAAUUGUUCAGCGAUCCGAAUCACAUGAUUCACGAUUUAUGCAGUAAUGGAACGUAUCAACAGGAGUAUUUGGAAUUUGCACCUUGCAUGAAACAGGCCGCGCCAGAAAAUGAAAUUUGCAUUCGAAAAUAUUCCAAAGCUUUAAAAGUCCUUCAGGUUCAAGACGAACAACUUACCACGCCACAAGCGAUUAUUUCCAAGAAAAGACGUGAUAUCGCCGAUGAAAGACUGAAAAGCUUGUGUUGCGGUUUUCAAGAAUACGUCGUUUGUACAACGCAAACAAUGUCAAGAAAGUGUGGAAGUAACGCGGGGGUAUUCAGUAGAGGCUUUUUGGAUAAAAUGUCAAACAUUUUAGUUAAGGAAUAUUGUAAAGCGUAUGGCCAAGAAGAGUGCGGAUUCUCUUCAUCAGCAUAUUCAUCGUUAUCAUCAUCAACAACGUUUAUAUCACUAUUAUUUAGCUCAUUGCUGGUACUAUUUAUAAGUUAAUCUUAUUAAAAAAAAUAAUAAGAUAGUAUUGUAUUCCUAUAAAUGAAAUUAAGAUAAAAAUGAGAUCGAAUUAGCGUCUCGAAAGAAAUUAAUUAUUUAUAUGUUGUACAUAAACGUAAUGUACAUAUAUGUUUAAAAGGAAUUAAGCGCAUUUUCUAGUCUUUAAGCGCUACAUCGCCAUCAGGUAGCUCUCUAGUAUUCGUUUUCAAUCAUUCAGUUCCUUCAUAUUCCAAAUCGAACGUAGAUACAUAAAGGAGUGCGAAAUCUCGUAGAAUAACGUUAUCUUUAAAUAUAUCAUUGCGUAUUAUUAAUUAUUUCGUUCCAUUUAUUUCAUUUUUUAUUUUUUUGCAAUCGUAAAAAUAAUUGUCAUUAAAGCCACCGUCCAAAUGUAACAUCAUUUUUUUAUACAUUAUAAAACACCGCGAGUUUAUUAUUUAUUAUUCCGUGGUAGGCUAAUAGGAAAAGUAAUAAAUUGUUAUUUAAAGACUUAGGUCAUAGUUGUAGUUAAUUAUUAUAAAUUAGGUGCUGUUUAGAAUUGAGGAGAUGUAUAAAAACAAAAAAUGUUAUUUAAAUUUAGAAAAAAUAUUUAAAAAAUUUCCCGUUUGUGUAUAUACAUAGAACAAUUUGUACAUAAUUAUAAAAUUAUAUAAAAUGCAAGGUGAUUAAUAAAUAAAUCCAUCAAAAUUAAGUUGUCAUUUGAUGAGCGCCAUCUAUUAUUAAACGGUGAAAUCAAAAUGGCGUCUUAUGACGUAUCAAAAAAAAAUUAAAGGAAAUUAAAUUAAACGUACUUAUCUGGAUUUUAUGAGGAAAACAGGAUCCGCUUCCAGGAAAAUCGGGAUAAAACGGGAUUCUUGGGAGGAACAUGGCACACAUCCACACAGAUUAGCGUCUCAACAAUAACUGGUUUUAUUUUGUUGCGAUUCUUCAAUUGCGCGAAUCUCCAUGGUAACGAAACGAUUCUUAAUUCUAAUUGGUUAAUAGAAAGUGGCGUGAUUUAUUUUAUAUACAGGGAUAAAAAGAAAUCGAUUCAAUAUAGGUGUCCAAAAUGAAUUGAUUUUUAAAAAUUUUUUUAAAAAAUUUCCCGUUUGUGUAUAUACAUAGAACAAUUUGUACAUAAUUAUAAAAUUAUAUAAAAUGCAAGGUGAUUAAUAAAUAAAUCCAUCAAAAUUAA